GUGCGGUGGCAGAUAGAACAGGAGCAAGUCGGAAAGGGAGGAGCAUUUCUCUUUAUUUUCUUUGGGGAUUUAAGCUGCUUCAGAUUGGCUUCAAGACUGGGGGAGGAUUCCCCUGUCUUUCUACUCAGCAUGGCUUUCUGCUCUGAUCUAAGACAGUAGUUUGUUUUGAAACUGAGGGGGUGAAGAGGAGGGAGGGAGAGGGACACUUCCCUCUCCAGCCUUUGUAGCCAACCCACUUGACAGAUGGCACCGGCAGGAUGAUCUUUGACUCUCUCCCAGGAACCAUGCCUCACUUCGCUCACUGAGCCCCAUCACCUCCCUCUAGCCCGUAGGCGGUAACUUGGUGGAAGCAGCAAUGAGCUGGAGCCUAGGACGGACCUCGACAACCAGAACAAGCUGUGUCUUUCUCUGCCUCAGGGAUGCCAGAAUAAGAACCAAGUGAGAACAAUAUCCAAAUCCGAACCACAGCAUCAAUAUUCAAGGGCUGACAUCUGGUGCCUUUGCCUUUAACAUAAAAGCAGCUAAGGUACCUACUCCAGCUCCUUGGUUAGUAGUAUAGCCAGUGUUUGUAACUUGGCCUGUCAGUCUCUGGGGAGGACCAGCAAAGGAGUUGUGUUACACUCUCUGACAGGCCUUAUGCAUGUUUCAUCUGCUGCUCUCAGAACAGAAGCCCCUUUUGUUAUCUAAUCUAGCCCUCUUCUUCCCAGCCUGAGUGAAUGAGUUUAUUGCAACAACACUGUUCUUCACAGACUGUCAGCCAGAUGCCAAAACUGAUGCAUAUUCAGCAGCUAAGGAGCACGAAGAGAACUUUGUCUGGUCUAACAUAUUUGGACCUGCUUUAUAACCGCUGAAAGCACUCAAAAUGGACUUAAGAAGAUAAAACGCUAUGUGAGGACUUAAAAAAAACUGGCGUGUGCUUGAUCUUUUAAGGACUAACCUAAAACUUCAAGCUAAAACUUCAAGUUCUCUAGCUACAGAACUAGAGAAUCCAGAUCUCUUAAAAGAACUUUGUUUGGGACUGCUUGGACUUUGUCAGACUUGGAGCAAUGGGUGACACUCUGAGACCUCCUUCGCUCCAGGUGAGUGUCCCAAAAGAUGCACCAGCUUAUUCAGAUGGAGGGAACAAUGCAGUAUCAGAUGGUUCUGUGCGAUCCAGCUCCUCAACCCCGACUCUUCGACGCAAGCGCUUCAAGAUGCGACGCAUGAGGAAUGUGCCAAGCGAGAGGGAGAACACAAGAGCACAGCUAACCACCAUUCAGCUCACAGCCAGAUCCCGGUCCAGCUCCAAGGAAUACCUCCAGUUGCCUUCCAUUGAGAUCACACCAUCCAGUGAUGAAGAUGCCCCAUCUUCCUGGUCAAGUUGUUCCACCCCCAGUGCGUCUCCACGACGCAGGCGCUUUCUAUUGAGAAGGUGGCUGAAGGUCAGAGAGAAGAAGGAGCAAGGCAGUGAAAGCAGCAGCCAGCAAAGCAGUCAGCAGAGCAGCCUGCAAAGCAGCCAUGAAGAUGACAGCACUCGCUUCUUGACACCACAGAUCCGAGAGGAGAGGUCUGACAGUGCAGCGGACAAAAUCAGCACUGCCAGUAACUCAAACAAGAGCUCGCCCACCUGCUCACCAGUCCUGCGUAAACGUUCGCGCUCUCCCACACCACAGAGCCAGGAGGGUGAGAACAUGGUGGAGAAGGGUUCAGACCACUCCUCCGACAAGUCCCCCUCCACACCUGAGCAGGUCGUCCAGAGAACGUACUCUGUGCAGUCGGCGCGAAGUGGUGGAAAGAACUCCAAGUCUCACAAGCGACUUUCCAAAAAAAGCCAAAGCUGGUACAACCAUGAAAGACAGCACAUCAUGAGAGUGCUGAGCCCGACAUACAAGCAGCGCAAUGAGGACUUCAGGAAACUCUUCAAGCAGCUCCCUGACACAGAGAGGCUCAUUGUGGACUACUCCUGUGCUCUUCAGCGGGACAUCCUCCUGCAGGGACGGCUCUACCUCUCUGAGAACUGGAUCUGUUUUUAUAGCAACAUCUUUCGCUGGGAAACUCUCCUGACAGUGCGGCUAAAGGACAUCUGUUCAAUGACGAAAGAGAAGACUGCUCGUCUCAUUCCCAAUGCCAUCCAGGUCUGCACAGACAGUGAGAAGCACUUCUUUACCUCAUUUGGAGCCAGAGACAGGACCUACAUGAUGAUGUUCAGACUCUGGCAGAAUGCCCUGCUUGAGAAGCCUCUUUGCCCGAAAGAACUUUGGCACUUUGUCCAUCAAUGCUAUGGCAACGAGCUGGGCCUAACCAGUGACGACGAGGAUUAUGUCCCUCCUGAUGACGACUUCAACACCAUGGGGUUCAGUGAGGAGAUUCCCAAUGAAGAGAACGAGAUAAACAAUGACAACUUGACAAAGAACAGUGCAGACGCCAAGCCUGAGGGGAGUCCUCCUUCACUACACAAGAAAGUUAUCCCAAAUAACUCGCUCCCAAGUCCUGGAAACCAUGACACAACCAUCACUUUUGAAAUUCCCGCAGAAGAAUUUGCAGACUGCCUACCGCACGCCGAGCUGCUGACGGUGCCCCUAGUGGUGGAGGACAAGAAUGACACCAGCGGGCCUGGUGGUCCUGUCCCCUCACCUUCGCUGGACUUUAACGACAAUGAGGACAUCCCCACUGAGCUCAGUGACUCUUCAGAAACUCACGACGAGGGUGAGGUGCAGGCUUUCCAUGAAGACUUGAAUGGCAGGCAACAUAUCAACGAGGUGUACAAGUUCAGUGUGGACAAGCUCUACGACAUCCUCUUCACAGAGUCUCAGUUUAUGAGUGACUUCAUGGAGCAGAGGCGCUUCUCAGAUAUUGUGUACCACCCGUGGAAGAAGGAGGAGGCAGGAAACCAGACCAGAGUGAUAAUGUACACCAUCUCUCUGUCUAACCCUUUGGCACCAAAAACCGCCACUGUCACAGAAACGCAGACUCUGUACAAAGCCAGUCAGGAAAGUGAGUGCUACAUCAUCGACGCCGAGGUGAUUACGCAUGACGUGCCCUACCAUGAUUACUUCUACACGCUCAACCGCUACAUGCUCACACGGGUGGCCAAGAACAAGUGUCGGUUACGUGUUUCAACAGAGCUGAGGUACAGAAAGCAGCCAUGGGGGCUGGUCAAAGGAUUCAUUGAGAAAAACUUCUGGAGUGGACUCGAAGAGAACUUUCGCCAACUGGAGGUGGAGCUGUCCAAGCUGGAGGAGCUCCUGAUGGAGACCCACCAGCUGUCUCCGAAGGCCAAGGUGGUGAAGAACGCUACGGUGAGGCGGAAGAAGAGGCCUCUCCCCCACAUGCGAAGCCAACACCUGGAUGAGGCCCUCAGUCCUGUUACCACGCCGACAGACGAGGAAGUGAUUCAGAGGAUCAAACAUGUGGUGGGCUCCACACAGACGAGGCACCAAAGUCCAGAACACCCUCACCUGCCAGGAGGCCUGGCUCUGUACAGCGUCUCCAAACUGCUGCUCAUUAUCAGCUUUGUGAUCUGUGUCAGCUUGGUCCUGCUGGUGUUCCUCAACAUGAUGCUCUUCUAUAAGCUUUGGAUGCUUGAGUACUCAGCUCAGUCCUUAACAACAUGGCAAAGUCUGCGACUUCAGGAGAGUAAGCUGCCUCAGACCCAGAUGGAGUGGGCCCAACUUCUGGAGGCGCAGCAGCGUUACCACGACGCCGAGCUGCAGAAGUGGAGAGAAAUCAUAAAGUCGUCAGUAGUUCUGCUGGACCAGAUGAAAGACUCGUUGUUGAACCUCCAGCGAGGCAUUGGUUUGAGGGACUACAGCUCCGAGACCGAGGAGAAGAAAAGUCGCUACCACUGACACACCACCACAAGGCCAUGAGGGCGUGCCGUGCAAUAUAAGGACCUGUUUUGUUUGUCAAGACGUAUGGAGGCAGCAGCAGGGCAGAGAGGGAGGCGGGACCAACGGUGAGCGGGUCCAAAGACACAGAGGAAAGGACAGUAGUAGUUUCUGGAGCACCCAGAGAGGGGAGUGUUGGAGGUAUUCCCAACAUCUCUGUGGCAUCAUGGGAAGACGCGAGACAUUCUCGCCCUUUACACCAGUGGGAAACGUUUCCAUUCAGCUCUUUUUAUUUUCAAGUGCAUCCUACUGUAAGCCAUGUCAACAGGAGAGUCUCCGAGAUAAAGAAGGAACCACUGCAUGCAUGUAGACAACAGUCCUCAGUGUCAAUAUGGUCCAGUUCCAGUCGAUGUAUGUCAGAAAAAAGACCAGAAAAGGAGAGACCCAGUCAAAGGACAUGGGUGUCUUUUUGAGUCUUAAGCAUCUCUUGACUGUUCCAAACACAAAAUCGGUCCCUCAAAGUCCAUGCUGUAGCGUCCCUUUAACAAAUCUCUGGGUGAUCUGAGCAGAGAUUCAACAAAACAACUGGUAUUCUAGCCAGGAGGUCAGCUUUACUGAUCGCUCUCCUUGUUUGAACCUGGUCCACAUGGUUCCUGUCAGGGCUGGCUCCCUGUCAGACCAACCUGUCAAAAUGUUACAAAUCUGUGGAUUGCUGAGAACCCAGUUUGUCUUAUCAGCAUACAACAAUCAGAUCGUUACUAACCGCUACUUACAAUUACGUCUCCUCGUCCUGAUGAAGUGGAAUGUAUUAGUCCGUUAGGACUUGAUCCGAUUUUCAACACAACUUAACAUUUAAAUUGGGGACUCUGCAGUCAGGCCAGUAGGGAGAACUGCAUUCUUACGUGUUUUAUUACUAAGCUGUGAUGAAAUUUCUUUACAGAUGUUUCAAAUUGGAAAACAUUCUAUGAAUAUAUUUGAAAUAUAUAAGAAUAUUUCACUAUUUAAUAUAUAUUUCAAUAUAAAUAUAUAUAAAUACAUGACCUAUAUUUAUUGUUAAUUUAUGUACAUAGAGAAAUUCUCAGAGCUCGAGACAAGUUAGAGUUUCUAUUGAAAAGUGUUUUCUUCUACGAAAUGCAUGCCAGAUAUGUCUGUGACAUGUCCAGUGUGCAAGUAUGAUUCUGCAUUUGUGCGAUUAUAUUCGCGCUCCUAUGUGUGUGUGUGUGUGUGCGCGCGUGUGUGAGAGAUAGAGUGUGUGUGUGUGUGUGUGUGGGUCGUUGUGUGUGCUUACACAUGUGUACUGGAAAGUGUGACAUUUUUACCAUUCCACACUCGUAUGUUUCUUACUUUUUCUCCUCUUCUGGCUCCCUGCAGCCAGACUGCCUUUAUUUUAUUUUGAAUGCUAAUGUCUUUUGGAUAAUGCCUUGCAUUAUUGUCCCACCAGGGUCCAGUUUACACUAGAAGAGUUUUGUUCCAAAGUGAUGUAUCCAGAAUCUGAAAACAAAAUGAACUCCUGCUUUUGCAAAAAGUGAUUGGUUGUGGAAGUUAACACAUUUUAAAAAAAAAAUAUUUAUUAGAAGAAGGUCCUAAUUGAGUGAAGAAAUUGAUGAUUUUCCUCAUUUAAAUGGAUAUGUAAUAUUUUGGAUGAAAACCCUUCCUUCGCCCUCUGUAAGCAGCUCCAUUGUCACCGCUCUGGUGGCUUGACCUCUCUUUGCUGAACAGGAAUCUUUUGACAUUUUGAGAAAAGCAUUCCUUGUUUGAACCACUUCUACAUCUGGAAUUGCUAAUAACGAGAUCGUAAUUUGGAAAGAAAAUCGGAAUCCUUCAAAUCCUCUUUAAGUUUAAGUUCUAACUGAUCAAAAACAACAAAUGCAUUAGUGAUGACACUCUCAAAAUGCCAAACUAUCCCUGUAAUCCAGAUUAUUGUAAUUUCCCUCUUCUUAUUUCAAGUGUCUGUUUUUGGGUGCAAUAAAAGCAUGAAAAUAAACGUUACGCAACUAAACUGAACCAAAAGUAAAGAGUAGAAUUGCACCAUCACAGUUUCUCACAUUGUGUUAAAUGGAGUGUUCAUCAUGUAUGUCAUGUACUAUAUAUAUAUAUAUAUAUAUAUAUAUAUAUAUAUAGAUAGAUAAAUAUCUAUAUGUAAGAAAGGAGAUGCGUUGUAGAGCAUCUUUGGAGAGUUUCUUAGCAAAGACCCCCGUACAGCAUUUCCAAAAAUGAAGAAAGAAAAGAUUUCCUCAUUAAACAGUGAAGCACUUUAAGGCCUUUUCAGGUAGAGAAUAAAAAUAUAUAUAUAAUGGUUCUGUUUAGAGAUGAAUGUAGAGGAAAUACUACACUGGUGAUUUACAACUUUCAAACUCAUUAAACGUUUUUUUGGGGGGAAACUGAGAUCUUUCCUAAACACAUCCCGAAUAUGAAAAAUAUCAGAUUUCUCUAUGUUUUUAGGGUAAAGAAGGGAAAAGUGAAUUCUGGAUGCCCCGGCUCUGUGUUUUAAUGGUGGGCAUGGUGAAACUUGGAGAAAAGCUCCUUGACUGGAUUUCUGCUAUGCUUAAUGUAAUUUUAAAAAGUCACAGAGUUAUGAUAUCAGAGGAAAAUCUAGAAGUUUGAAUGUGAAAUGAUGUUCCUUAGGGUUCACUUGUAAAAUCCUGACUACCACAGUUAACAGAGAAGCUGUGCUUCAUGUAAGUGAUGGUGAAGGAACGUCGUGUUUUUCCAAAUAAAAAUAUGGCCGAGAUGCUUUAAAGGUUUGUUUUUAAAGGGUAUUUGAAGUGUUCAUUUUACACAAGCAGGUGUUUUUCAUUUAAAAUUUAAAAUAUUGUCAGAUAGGCAUGGGCCGGGUUGUUGUCCUCGUGGUUUCGUAAUCUUAAUAUCUGAGUUUUACAGUAUUAUGGUAUUUACAUAAAAAAAAUUAUUGUAUAACAUGAACUUUGUUUAUUUAUAGCAAAAAAGAAGCAAUCAUUCUUACUGCUGCUAAAAUUAUGUAGUUUAUACUAAUACUGUUGUAAAAAUGUAUUUUAAUUUUGAUAAGCAAAAAAUAUCCACCUGCUAAAUUUAGGUGUAUUUUUUAAGUAAUUAUUUUUUUUUUUUUUGCUGCUGCGCUCUUAAUAGAGCAACAUAAGGAUAACAAUCUGAUAUUAACUGGCUAGUUAGUGGGGCUCUCUGCUCCAGUACGGCCUGCACUGGUUGCUUUACAGAAACGGCACUUGCAGCUCGCAGAUUGUAGCUUUUAAAACGUUCCAGUCAAAGGAACGAUGGGUGGAGCUCUUUGAGUUUUUACUCUGUGAUUGCCUGCAACUUGAAAUAUUUCCAAGCAAAUUGAUGUUUCUUGUGAGUGAGGGAAAAAUGAAGGACCCGUUCUUUGAGCCACCUAACCAGCAGUUCACAGCAACAGGUGGUGGAGGGUUCAGAGUUUUUUUCCAAGCAACUGGAGAAAAUCUGAUCACCCCAGCAAUUUUUCUGGUAUUUCCUGACUUUAAACUGCAGGAACGACUUAAUGAAAAGGCUUUUAGCUGGUUUUAUGACCUUGGUAUAACUUAAUACCUGUAACCGGUCCAUGCCUAUUCUCACAGCUUGAUUUGGGUAAAACAAGUUGUCAGGAUGUAUUUCCAGCGUAUCUACAGUUAUGCAAAAUUUGACUUGCACAAACAUAAGCAACAAUCAAUCCCUGUUUGCUUUCAGUCUCUCUUUUCUAGCUUGCACUCGCACAGUUAACCUGUGUUAAAUGAAUGAUUGUAUGGUUGCUCUUGCUGCUGUGUAACACAGAUUGGGUUUUUUGUUUUGUUAUUAUUAUUUUUUUUAUUAUUAUAUCACUGAUAAGAGAUUGCGUGGUUCAGUGAUUGCACCCCGUUCGGCAUGGCGAGUCUGCUGUGCUGAACAUGCAGCACUGUGUUAACCCAACUGGAAUCACGCGCCACCUCCUGAAAACGACCACUGAUCAAAACUCCUGGCAAACACUCUUCUACAAGUGUGUCUUGAGAUAACAUGUUCUGCUGUAUUUCUUUUUAAAAGCAAUUCUACUGUAUUUUUUUUAUUAUUAUUCUAGAAGAUGUUUUCAUCUCUAGACUUUUAGUGAGAUUUAUACACAAGAUGAGUAUACUUUAAGUAUAUGUUGUGUAUUUCUGCAGUGUGCACACAAACACACUGACAAAAGAAUCCGGCCUGCGCUGCGCGCGGGUUUUGACUUGCUGAUGAUUUUUGCCUCAUAGAAACCGAAAAAAAAACCAGAAGUGGCUUUCUGGUUCAUGUGAAGUAGAAACUGGAAGUAUGAAUAAAGAUUUUUAAAAACCCAAA